CCCAGGACUGGGUAUCUGUACGUCAUUGACAUCGGCCGUGUGGGCGUGACGUCAGAUCAGCCGUCCAACCUGUGUCCAGCCAAACUUGUCGUGUUCGACACGAGGCGGUCCGGUCGCGAUGUUGUGAGGCGUCACGAAUUCCCCAACUCGGUUGUGUCUCGUGACUCGAACUUCAUCAACGACAUCGUCCUGGACUACGUGGACCCCGAUCACGUGACCGGAGUGCGGUACGCCUACAUUUCUGACACAAAAGGUGAACACGAAAAAGUGUAUGUCUCCGUACACUGUACUCUCUAUGAAUGCAAAGAUUACAUUAAAUAGUGGAAUACGUGGUUAUAUCCCAGGGUGGAUGGACACAGAAAGAAGUCCUUCGGGGUGCUAUAGUGCCUUAAUUAAGGAACACUUUGCCUCAGUCUUUGAGGGAAAUUAAAAAUGAUUUUUAAAAAAAAUCAUUUAAGAGACAUGUAAAGACAUUAGAUUUUAUGACAUUAGAGCGCUUUGAGCAUGCUAAGAUAGCAUGGACACAAGCUCCAUACAAGUAAUCAAUAAUCAUCAUCAUCAUCAUUCGCUAGGGAAAAAAAGAGGGAGGGGGCGAGGUAUAUAAUGCUAUGACUACACGUUUAUAUUUAUUUUGAUCAUGUAAACCUAGUUUAAAAUUUGAUUGCUAUUUCCUUACUUCGGUGGUUGGGUUGUUUUUUUACUCUGGGCUUAGGGAGUAGUACAAAAUUCAUCUUCAAAAUCGGGAAAAUUGUGAGACGCUGUAUUGAUAAUGUAUGUUGUAUUUUGAAUAAUAGUAUAUGCAUGUUAUUAUUUUACAACACUGCAGGUGAACAGCUGGUGGUCUUUGAUUUCCAGACCAAUGACACGUGGAGCUUUAAACAUCCAGUUUCGAUGCUCUCAGAUGAAGACAGGUGAGGCUACCAACGUUAUGUCUUCUACACUUAAAUGUCAGAUGAAGAUAGGUGAAGCUAUUAAUAUUAUCUCAGAUCCAUUAUAUUCUCAGAUGGAUUUUGGUGCGAACAAGAAUAUUAAUAACAAUUAAACUAACUAUUCGCCCCUACCUAAUAUUUAAACUGGGUUACAUGACACAUUAUCGAUAAAUAGCCUACAGUUAAUCGACACACUGCAUCGAAAAAUGCCCUAAAAGACACUGCAUCGACAAAUACCUACCCCAAUUUUUCUUGUUGCUGGCAUCCGUUCAUCAUCAACAGCAAGUUGUGACGAUGGGGUAGACGAAAUCCACAAGACCUGGGAUUAUUCUUCUGGGAUUAUAAACUGGUUCCCAACAGCAAAUCACCUCUCUCCACGCCGCUGGAUAACCCAAGGGAACAACAUGUGGAUGAUACAGCUUGGCACCAGCGGCGUCGCAGGAGUUGUCGGAGUGUUUCAUUGUGCCAAUGCUAUCCGCCUACGGGACUCCAUCUCCGGGUUUGAAUUCAGAGUUUCCUUCUCUUGGAUGAGUUGCCAUCCAAGGUUAACAGGUCCCAUCCACCCGGGGUGCUCGUGAUGUUUUUGCUUGACUGUGCUUUUCGGCUGGAAUUGAGCUCCAGACCACCAACUUGAGAUUUGCUCAGUUUAGACCAUUCGACCACCUAGCACCCUAGCACAAAUUAGUACCAGUAUCUAAUUAAUAUUGAAUCUACCCACACUUCACAAGUUAAAUUCAUGAAAAUGACAUCUAUCAUUACCGACAGUUCACCAUCACUGUCACAAUUCCUUAGACUCUUUUAACUCUCUAGAGCGUGACGUAGGCCUACUUUAUGGACGGGCCCUCACUUAUAAUUGUCUAAAUUAAACAUUUUGUCACAAGCUGUCUGUGAUGCACGCACACAAAAGCCACAGAGACUAUUUUUGUAAGGCUACAGUGCUGUCACUGAUGCCCUUAACCAUUGACAUUCUGAUAUUAAUGGAAAAGAUUAGACCAGACUUCAAGCCAACGCCCAUUUACACAACAACAAUGGAAGUAAGGGAUUUGGGUGGGUGAUGAGGGCUAACCUGAUUGCAGUCUUGAUGGGAUCAACGUCAUGUCUCUUUUCACAGCUUGGCCCUAGCUCCGCCCCUCCACGUCCUGACCUAUCGCAGUGGACUUUUUUCUCCUCUUUUCUUUGGCUCUUCCCCAUUUAAUCUCUCACUCACUUACUUUCUGUCACAUUUCUUUUGCUGCCCAUGGAUACUACGUCUAAGCUAAGCACUAUUUCUAAUUUUAAUUUUUUAUACCGUUUUUUCUGUUGUUUUGUUCGCUGACGAAGGCUUUCUGUCGUUCGUUGUUUUGUUGCGUUCCUUUUUUCAGGUUUAACCCAACUCUGUUUUACUCAUUUUUCAAGGAUUGUGACGUCUCUGAAAAUAGCCCUAUGCAGUUUGUUAUCCUAAUGUCUAGCAUAAUUUUGUUCUUUUUAAGUUAUUCUUUUUUUUAAAUUUAAUUUUUUUUUUUUUUACAAUUUAAAAUCCUACCAGCAACAUAACAAUCAAUGGGAUUGAAUACCCGUGGCCCUUUGCCAUCAACGGCAUCGCCAUGUCACCCACCUUUAACUACGUCUACUACUCCGCCCUCGGGUCCAAGAAGCUCUGGCAGAUUCCCACGUUUGUGCUAAGGAGGAAAGGCGCCGACUUCUCCAGCUAUGCGCGUCUUGUCGGCAACAAGGUCUCCAACUCAGACGCCAUGGUGUUUGGUAGAAAAGGGCUGUACUACGGUGCACUGGGACUUGAUGCCGUUUUCAUGUAAGUAGAUGAUUUGAAAGGUAGGCCAGUUCAUUUUUUCUAGACUAUGAGUCUAGUAAGUAGAUGAUUUGAAAGGUAGGCCAGUUCAUUUUUUCUAGACUAUGAGUCUAGUAAGUAGAUGAUUUGAAAGGUAUUUAAUUUUUUUCUGGACUAUGAGUUGGUUUAGGGCAAAAGAAAUGAGUGGUUUGUACAAGUAUUCCCUGUUCUGACUAAAGCAAUCCUAAAGUAGGCCCAUAUAAAUUAGAAAAAAAAAAGGUUCAAGCUUGAUGACAUAAUAAAUCAUAUCCGAAUGUUGUACUCCCCCCCCCCCCCAUUUUUUUCUUCAAAUGCCCCCCCCCCCUUCAAAAGCCACACUUCAAAAAAAAAAAAAUGCUCUUAAAAUGAACUACUUAAAAUUCAAUCUAAAGCACAAUUCACUAUUAAUUAAACAUUAUCGUCAGUGGUGCUACAGCCCAUGUAGGGCCCUGGCCUGCUCAACCAUUUCCUUCCAUUCGGAUCGAUCCAUUGCUUUCCGCCUCCAUGCGCGAACCUCCAACUGGUGUAAAUCCUUCUCUACAUCGUCGAUCCAUCUCAGUCUUGGACGACCGGUGAGUCGUAUGCAUGUAUAUCACUUUUGCUGCUCUACAAUACUGCAUCCUUUCGAUAUGCCAUGCCCAGCAGAGAAUGUCUUUUUUCUAUUGCUGCGACUAUGGGUGGGCCUUUGUAUCAUCGGUAUAGCUCCUGGUUUGUACGGAUUCUUCAGACAUCAUUGUCUAUCACUGGGCCAUAUAUUUUCCUGAGGAUUUUCCUCUCCCAUGUAUUGAGCAGGUUCUCUGCUUUUCUUGUAAGGAACCAAGUCUCACUAGCGUAAGUUACUACUGGUCUUCUUAUGAUAGUUGUUUAUAUUUUCUUCUUUGUUCCCUAGAGAGGUUUUUUUUUUUGCUUCCGUAGACUGAAAUCAGAACGGUUGCCUGCUGUUAUCACUUCUUUCACCUCCGACACUAUUUGAUUGACUUUACUAUUUAAAAUAAGUUUAAUUAGAUGCUAGAUCCCCUCCCGAGCGUGGAAAUCCCUUGGAUCUUUGCCAGCUUCUCCCAUGCUACUUAAGGAGCCUCUAUCGCAGUGGCGUAGCUAGGGUUGGUGUCACCCGGUGCGGUAAACUCGUGGUGUCACACCCCCCCCCCCAAACUUCUAUGAGCGAUUUUUUCUUGUUAAAAUAAGUCCACAGUAUAGCAUCAACCUUGGACUUUUAAUAAAGCACGCUUUUGGAUUGGUUACAUUUGUGAAAAAUAUAUGUGUGAUCGGUUAUUCUUUUAUGAAUCUCGGUUUUUGCGAGCAAUGUGUGCCCUGUAAAUAUGCAAUUUUUCAAUCGGGUGUCACCCCUAAAAUGGUGUCACCCGGUGCGGUCCGCACCCCCCGCACCUGCCUCGCUACGCCACUGCUCUAUCGUGAUCUGGUAGAUUUUCGUUAACUGUUUUUACAGCUUCUAUCUUUAGUAGGUUCUCCCAUGCUAUCUUUAAUAAUGGCACACGCGGUAUCUGUGGUGGAGUCAUAGACGAUGUCACGCAAUGAGAAAAGCGUUGGCGCACAUGUGUUUGAUUACGACCCCAUUUUUACCAUAAGUUUUUAUCUGCACAGACGAAUUCCUUUUACGGACAUCCUAAUAUUCUUGCGGAAAAACAUAUCUCGUUAUGGUUACCGUCUCAUAGUCUGUCCGUAAAUUAACUCGUAUUUGGCAGUCCAGCCCAAAUAAUCCGCCGCUUUGUAAUCUGCCUUCCAUUAUCUACAGGUGGGAUGCCCAGCAAGACAUCGCUAACGAAGGCGUCAUAGAAGGGAAAGCAACCAUCAAAACCCAGAAACCCCUCAUCCAAAAUUGGGAGACGAUCCAAUGGCCGGACGGAAUCACCAUCAGCGACAGUCGCGACAGACCGGAUUCGUAUCUUUAUUUUGUGGCUGCCCGUGCACAACUUUUCCAUUCGGGAACACUGGAUUUCACCGGAGGUCAAGGGGUCAACUUUAGAAUAUUCAAACUUAGAAUAAAUGACGACAGCUACUUAUCCGACAAGAGUGUAGGUGGCGCGAGACCUCUGUUCCCCGUUGUAGGCUAACAUUGCAGAAUACGGGAAACGCCCUACGAUCACGCAAUGGCUGAAAUGGUGAACUUGCCAAUUUGUUUAGUGGCUAUAAAUGUUUUUCCUAAUAUGAAAUAUAAAGCACGGAGUAGAGGAACUCUGAAGAC